UAUUCACUUAUUGAGGAAGCCUUAUCAGUAUUCUGGCAGGAAACCUCCGAACUUCCUCUGAGUCUCGGUACGAUGGUCUCAGAUCUCCUAGAUGACGAUGGCCUCUCACAGGGUCAGGAUCGUUAAUCCUUCGAAUAUAUAUUUCACCAUGUUCCGGUGAUGGUCUCUAAGAAACCACAACAAAGUCAACACGCGAGAUCAAUAGAUUGAUAACUUCGAAAUCGGCCACACAUAACUCCAAAAUGUCCAAGAUUCACGCCCGUCCGCUCAAUCCUCUGAACCCCGGCCUUGGAGCUGUUUUGGAAGAUGUGGAUCUCAACAAUCUCAGCGAUUCGGACUUUGACGCCAUCCGAACAGCUCUCUACCUGCACAACGUUGUCUGUAUUAAGUCACAGGAGAAGCUCACCCCAAAGUCUCAGGCUGAACUUACAAGGCGCUUCGAUCCGGAAGCUCAGUCGUACGGACAUGGCAAAACCAUUGAUGCCAAAAGGUCCAUCCUCCACCCCGACUUGAAAACAGUGCCACACCAACCUGAAGUUCAGGUAAUAGGCAAUGGGUUUGUAGCAGACUACGAGGGUCUGAAGGAUAUCACACUCAAACACCCUCAUCAUCGAACUUUCCAUAAGACCGUCAUCCCAGAUGAGGAAGAUCUUGAUUGCACCCGCUUCUACCGCUGGCAUAUUGAUGCAGCUCUCUAUGGAAGGCUCAACCCCCCUCUGGUGACUUCUCUGCUGGCCGUACGCGUCCCUGCUGGGCGAACUCAGACAUUGCUUUACGACGAUGGCACGGGCGACUCACUGCAAGUCCCGCUCGGCACCACCGCCUUUGUUUCUGGAUACACCAUGUUCGACAUCCUCACCCCGGACCAGAAGCAAUUCGCCCUGAACUCCAAAAUCGAGUAUGCCCCGCAUCCAUACGUGUGGAUGUCCAAUGCAAAAUCACGCCCAGAUGGCCUGGGCAUGGUCUCUGAAGACCGGGAAUUGGCUCUGAAUGAUUUGCCUCCAAUCGAAUCGGCUGCUGAUAUUCAGAUACUACCUAUGGUCUGGCAAAAUCCCAUCACUAAGAAAUUUGCCCUCCAGAUUCACCCCUCAGUGGUGCGCAAGAUCCAUUGCAGAGACGGCAGUAUCAUUGACAACCUAGCUCAAGUUAGGGACAUAGUCCAUAGCCUGCAGCGUCCAGGAAUUGCGCCGCAGUAUGUCUACGCGCACGACUGGCAGGAAGGUGACCUGGUCCUAUUCAACAACCAUGGCGUGUUGCACAGUGUCGUGGGUGCGUUCGACAAGAACGAAGUUCGGCUCUUCAGGCAGUGCAACCUUGCUGCAAGUAGCCCGCCGGUCGGGCCAGAAGCUUUAUCUGCACAAUGUGUAUGAAACGACAGGCCACAGCGAAAGUAUACGCGCAUCAACUUAUAUUCUUUCUCGCAAUGUAAGGUGUCGGGUGUCAGUUGGAGCUUUUCGAGGGAAAAUAUUUAAUCGUCAACACCUGUAAUGUGGACAAGUGUCGGUAGCGAAAUGACAAGACCUAAAUUAGUGUUAUUAUUUUGUGUUCC